AUGAAAAGCCUAUGCAUUGAUCUUUUUAAGAAUUGCAGUGCAACCAGUUUGGCGGGUACUAGGAGCAGCAGAGUUUUAACUUACAGGUUUCAGAGAACCAACUAUCAGACGCAUCUGCCCUCCACCAAACUUACAUUCUCUUCCUACUCUACUAAAACUUGCUUUGCAACUCUAUCAACUGUAACCUCGGAGGUGGAAGAAAAGCAAACAUUCAAUCCUGACAAAGCUGGCGAGCUAGUUAAGGAGCUGCGGAACAGUUUCAAUUCGGGUAGGACGAAAAGCUAUGAGUGGAGAAUGUCACAAUUGGAGAACAUUGCAAAGAUGCUUGAAGAGAAAGAGAAAGAGAUUACUGAAGCUCUUUACAAGGACCUCUCGAAGCCUGAAGUCGAAGCAUUUAUAUCCGAGAUUGUUACUGCAAAAUCCUCAUGUAACGAGGCACUGAAAGAAUUGAGACAGUGGAUGAUUCCCCAAAAGGUCAACACUUCAAUUACAACAUUUCCAUCAUCAGCAGAAAUUGUGUCAGAACCUCUAGGAGUUGUGUUGGUCAUCUCAACAUGGAACUUUCCCUUCUUGUUAUCUCUUGAUCCUGUCAUUGGAGCUAUUUCAGCUGGCAAUGCAGUUGUGCUAAAACCUUCAGAAAUUGCUCCAGCUACAUCUUCAAUUCUUGCAAAAUUAGUAGAGGAGUAUUUAGAUAAUUCAGCUGUAAAAGUUGUUGAGGGGGCUGUUCCAGAAACAACUGCACUUUUAGAGCAGAAGUGGGAUAAGAUACUCUAUACAGGUAGUGCAAGAAUAGGGCGCAUUGUGAUGGCUGCUGCUGCAAAACACCUUACACCUGUAAUUCUAGAACUUGGUGGAAAGUCCCCGGCUGUUGUCCAUUCAGAUGUCGAUUUACAAGUUGCAGUUAGGAGGAUAAUAGCAGGAAAAUGGGCAUUGAACAAUGGACAAGCUUGUAUCGGUGUUGAUUACAUUAUCACUACAAAAGACUUUGCUCCAAAGUUGAUAGAAGCUCUAAAGAUUGAACUUGAGCAAUUUUUUGGGAAAGAUCCAAUGAAUUCAAAGGAUAUAUCCAGGAUAGUAAGCUCAACCCAGUUUAAACGUUUGGCAAAGCUGUUGGAUGAGGAUAAGGUCUCUGAUAAGAUUGUCCUUGGAGGCCAAAUGGAUGAGAACCAAUUAAAAAUAGCUCCAACUAUCUUGUUAGAUAUCCCAGAAGAGUCUCAGCUUAUGCAGGAGGAGAUAUUUGGACCAUUGAUGCCUAUUGUAACUGUUGAGAAGAUUGAAGACAGUUUUGAUGUCAUAAAUUCAAGGCCAAAGCCUCUUGCAGUGUAUGUUUUCACAAACAAUGAGCAGCUGAAGAAGGGCUUUGUGGAAAACAUAUCAUCUGGAGGAAUGCUCAUCAAUGACACAGUUCUACAUGUUAGCAUUAGUGGUUUACCAUUUGGAGGAGUUGGGGAGAGUGGAAUGGGUUCAUACCAUGGUAAAUUCUCCUUUGAUGGGUUUAGCCACAAGAAGGCAGUUCUUUACAGAAGUUUUAGUGGAGAUUCAUCUCUGAGGUACCCACCAUACACACCUGAAAAGCAAAGAUUGCUCAAGGCAGUGAUCAGUGGUGACAUAUUUAGCAUAAUCCUGGCUUUGAUUGGAUGGUCUAAAUAA